AUGGACUGGGGCCUUGCAGGUACACGGCUCGUCGAUGAACAGGAGAGUGAGAGUGGCGAUAGUUUGCAAGGUAUGGCGGUCUAUCCUGGAACGGCCAAUGGAACGUUGAAUCUUGCUCCAUGCCCAACUACACCUCUACGCGUACGUGGUGCCAACCCGAUGUUGACUUCUGGCGAUUUACAGCCUCAUCAUCACGUCAAGGACAUGCAGCGGCGGUGCUACCGUCAGCGGCGACUACGAAGGACCAUGCCGACUAUCGGCCGUCGAGGGUCCAAUCGGUUGGCUCAUCUCAGCAUGGACGGCUACCCAACCAGGCGACCGACGAGACGGGCGUUCGUGACCACGUCCAGCACGCGCAAGGCAACGAGCUCAGUCGUCGAGAGAACACCGACACCGGAGACAAUAGCAACACCACUGGCCAAUGCCACAACGGUGACAGAGUCUCAGAGCACGCCAGGACCCCCAACGCAGAUGUGGGCGGAGUCGGAGUCGGCCCCAGCGGCAAUCCCGGGCAAGGUCAGCAAACCAGAAUCUGUCUCCAUACCCACCAUCAUCAUUACUGGAUCCGUUACGAGUCUGCCCCCAGCCGGCGCCGGCGUGGACACGGGCAGGAAUCUGAGCAAGGAUCUGAGCAAGGAUCUGAGCAAGGAUCGGGGCUUAGACGGAGCCAUCGCAGAGUCACAUUGUCGUCCCACGAGAGCGGCGGAACGCUCAACACCAACGGUGUCCACGGCACCACGUACGGAAUUCAGGCUGCAGAACCGCAGCAUGAGACCCUCUUCAGCGUCUUCCCACCAGAAUGUAGAACCGAGCAGCUCGUCGAGCGCAAGCGACCUCCCUCUCGAAACAGCCAUGAACGUUACUACGUCGUCCCGGCGCCUGGCGGCGUCGAUGAAAAUGCGCGUUGAGAAGCUGUCGCCGUCCACUCAACACAAGCGAGACGCACCAUGUACGUCUGUGGCAAAUGUGAAUUGCAUGCCGCGCCAUUCGAACGGCAUCAACAAGGAACACUUACCAGAGACCUUUAGCUUUCUGCGGAAGAUUAUGCCACCUCCUUCCAGUCCACGGCCGCCUUUGGUUGCAAAGAUGCAGCAUCAGAAGCUGGCGAUGCCUAUUGCGCUGCCCACGCAGGAGAUGGCACAGGGUGCUGCAUACAUGGCGGUGGCGCGGACUGGCCGGCUUCCACGGAACAGGAUACAGCAAAACAGAGUAGCAGGUAUGGAUAUCCAGUGUCCAGCGCAGCUUCAACGACCUCAGGCGCGAAAUGGGAAGCAAAAACAGGAACAGAAUGGAGUUGGCAAGCAGCCCAAACAAAACAAAAGAUCCGCCGGUACCGGAGGUCCUCCUGUCCCAAUGACGACCAGAAAGAGGAGGCAGCAGACGAACAAUCAUCAGCGUGAUGACGCCAACGUGCCUCUGGAGCUCAUCCAGAAGGCAGGGGUGAUGAUGUUUCGGUUGUUGCUGCAGUACUGGACACAUGUCCGCCCCGUCUUCCAUCGCCGGUCAGCCCUGCGCGGGCGGCUUCGGAGGGGCUGUUUGACGUUCACUGAUGCGUUUCUUUGCGUCCAGGCUGCUGGGUUUGUGCUGACGCUGGUGAUGGUCAGUGUCGUCGUGUUCCGCGUGCUUGUGGUCGUGGGCAUUUGCUGUCAUUAUACAUCGGGCAUGAUGAGUUUUUUGUUGGGCAUGUAA